CCGGGUUGCGGUUCCGGGUCGGGCCGCGCCGCACCCCGCGCUCAUCUAGCAGCCGCGGCUCCCCGCCCCCGCUCUCCGGACCUGGGCAUCGGCGGCCGCAGGGCCGCUCCCGGGGCCACAUGGCUGAGGGGGACGCAGGGAGCGACCAGAGGCAGAAUGAGGAAAUUGAAGCCAUGGCAGCCAUUUAUGGCGAGGAAUGGUGUGUCAUUGAUGAUUGUGCCAAAAUAUUUUGUAUUAGAAUUAGCGAUGAUAUAGAUGACCCCAAAUGGACACUUUGCUUGCAGGUGAUGUUACCGAACGAAUAUCCAGGUACAGCUCCACCUAUUUAUCAAUUGAAUGCUCCUUGGCUUAAAGGGCAAGAACGUGUGGAUUUAUCGAACAGCCUUGAGGAAAUAUAUAUACAGAAUAUUGGUGAAAGUAUUCUUUACCUAUGGGUGGAGAAAAUAAGAGAUGUGCUAAUACAAAAAUCUCAGAUGACAGAACCAGGCCCAGAUGUGAAGAAGAAAACUGAAGAGGAAGAUGUUGAAUGUGAAGAUGAUCUCAUUUUAGCAUGUCAGACAGAAAACCCAGUGAAAGCGCUGGAUUUUGAUAUCAGUGAAAGUCAACCAGAAAUAGAAGAAUUACCUCCGAUUGAUCAUGGCAUUCCUAUUACAGACCGAAGAAGUACUUUUCAGGCCCACUUGGCUCCUGUAGUUUGUCCUAAACAGGUGAAAAUGGUUCUUGCCAGAUUGUAUGAGAAUAAGAAAAUAGCUAGUGCCACCCACAACAUUUAUGCCUAUAGGAUAUAUUGUGAGGAUAAACAGACCUUCUUGCAGGACUGUGAGGAUGAUGGGGAAACAGCAGCUGGCGGACGUCUUCUUCAUCUCAUGGAGAUUUUGAAUGUGAGGAAUGUCCUGGUGGUGGUAUCACGCUGGUAUGGAGGGAUUCUGCUUGGACCAGAUCGCUUUAAACAUAUCAACAACUGUGCCAGGAACAUACUGGUGGAGAAGAACUAUACAAGUUCACCUGAGGAAUCAUCUAAGGGUUUGGGAAAGAACAAAAAAGUAAAAAAAGACAAGAAGAGGAGUGACCAUUAAUACCUGAAACUAUAUGAAAGGUUAAUUUGCCUGUAAUUAUACAUACAUUCCAUAGUCAUCAAGGAAUAUACUGUACAGAGAGAAUAUCCUUGGCUGUUCAAGUCAGCCAAUUCAUUGUGGACACCAGCAUUAUCUUUUCCUUCUUGGUUAUAUCAUAUGCCAAAAAUAGAGAACUUAUUUUAUAUUCAUGUGUGUUUUAGGCUUAUUUGGAAGAACUAAUCUGAACUUAAUCACCGCUUCAUCUAAUUUUAGGAAGGUAACAGUUGCCCAGGGCAGUACCAGAAUUAACUGUCCAUUUCAGUACAUGACAAGUGCCUUUGUUAGGUGAGGAAGAAAUGUCUCCAGAGGAAUAUAAAUACCUGAUUUCUUGUCAUAGAGAUUCUCACACUGUUAAAUGAAUAUUGCCUUUUACUGCUCUUUAUGGCUUAUUGGAAUAGGGGCUCAUUGAAAAGAUUGAUCUUGGAGAGUUUCUUCUUGUGAUUUCAGUUCAUAAGUAUGUCACUUUUCAUUUUAUAGUGUUCUUCACUGAGUAAUAGAUUAAGUGAAAAUCCAGCUGUAUCCAUCUGCAGUUAUGUGUCAAGGUGAUAAUUCAUCUAACAUAUUUGUUAGCCUAAGUGUUAUGCCUCGAUUUCUGUCACAAAUUGGUGAUUGUGCAAUUUCACAAAGUGAUUUUCUAGUUUCAGCCUUUUUUCAUUUAAUUCUCGUAAUGUAAAACAAUGAAUAUGGAGUGUCAGUAGGCUCCUUUCAUCCCUGAAAUGUGUUGAUGUAAUAUUCUGGUUUCUUUUAACAAUCCCAAAUUACCUUUCUUGUGAUCCUCGUUGAAGAAUUAGAACCAUGCUAGAAGCUAUGCUAUGGCUAAUGGGACAUUUAUAUAAUGGGAUAGAAGUGUCAGAUUGGCAUGGGGGUAAGGCCAUGAGUAUGCUAUAAAUUUGAUGUAUACUUCCCAUCAGUGCUUCAGCCAGCUUUCCCAAUUCUAUGAUUUUGUAGAGAGAAGAGGAGCAAGGAAAACAGAAUCCUUUUUUUCUCUAUUCUUAUCAAGUCUUCCUUUUUAAAAAAAAAUGUUUUAUGUUUCUUUCAUCUGCAAGUUACUGCUAGGCAGUAAGUUUACCUUUGCUAUAUAAGAAGUUGUGAACUUUUCCCUUUCAGAUAUGAUUGCAAACAAUUGUUAACAGUUAAUCAAUUGACCACAGAUUUGUCUGGCAUUCUCCUCCCAAGGGAGAGGACAGAAAUUAGGAGGCAACUUUGGAAUGGCACUAGAGUAUGGAAAGCAUUGGAGGCUGGGCAGAUUUUUUUCUUUUUUUCUCAAAUGUUUCACCUUUAAAAAAGCCAACAUUCUUACUAGGUAUUUCUAAUAGUAAUCAAGUAAACAGCUAUACACUAGGAUGAAUUCUGAGACAUAAAAUCUUAUAUUUCAACAUUAUUUAAUGUUGCGAGUUAUCAAGAAUCAUAGGAUAACCUAUAUGUAUUUGGAGUACUUGUCUCAGUUUCCAUGAAAAGUUAAGUAUGUCCUAUGUAUUAAUUGUUAAACUUAUUAAAGAAAUUAGAAGUUUUUUAUUAACACUAAAAUAAUUUUAUGGACUGGGGUUGUGGCUCAGUGGUAGAGCACUUGCCUAGCAUGUGUGAGGUACUGGGUUCAAUUCUCAGCACCGCAUAUAAAUAAAUAAAAAUAAAGGUCCGUCAACAACUAAAAAAAUAUUCCAAAAAUUUUUUACAAUUUUGGCAUGUCACACCUGAAAGGCAAAGAAAUAGUAAGCAUUUUCUGCAGAAUAACAAAUCUAAUUUUAAUUUCUUUCUUGAUAUUUUAUGUAGCAUUUAUUUGGGCCUUUACAGAAAAUGAAACACCUCUUAUAUGUAUGAUCUCAUUUUCCCUUACUUUAAAAAAAUUUAUUUUUGCGAAAUUUUUAACCAUAUUUUACUGAAUUAAAAAAACCCAGAUCUCUUUACCUAAAGUCAGUUAGCUGGUAACAGGAGAGAUCCAUACUUCAUUAAUGGUAGAAUGAAUACUCUACCAUUAAUGAAAACCCUAAUGAAAUUACGUUUUUUUUUUUCUUCAUUUGAAAUUUCUAUUAAAUAGAGGAUUUCUGAUUUUCCAAGUAAUAAUUUUCUAUAACUAGAUCAAUGCUGUGGAUAGAUCUAUAAUAUUUUAUAGUCUAUUCUAUUAGUUAAUAAUAUUCUCCUUAUGCCAGUAUAUAAAAGCAAGUAACAUAUACUUUUUAAACGGAGAUAGCAACAGCUGUAUAAGUAUGCUCUUGAGGGUAUGUAUCAUGAAACAGCGUGUUUUAAGAGAAUUAUAUCAAACUAAUCACAACCAAGAAAGAAAAGCAUAAAGUGGAUACUGUUUGCAGGGCAGGUGAAAUUUAAUGAGAAAAUUGUAUAAUCCUAAUUCCAUAAUAGAGAUAACCAUUAUAAACAUUUGGUAUGUACAUUUAUUAUUUUUUCUUAUGCAUGAUUUUGUAUAUAUGGCUAUUUUUCUUUCCAUAAAAUGGUAUUAAACUGUAUAUACUGUUUUGUAUCCUACAUAUUUCAUAUAGAAGUAUAUUGUUAACAUUUUCCCAUGUCAAUAAAUAUUCUUCUAUGGCU